AACUUUAUCCUUUGUUCAACAAAAUACAAAAAUUUAUUGAAUGAAAAAAAACGCGCCUUUCGAACAUCGAUCUUAAUGCACGUAUAUACGUCGCGUACUCGAAUUAUAGAUCCAAUCGCAAUCGUACAAAUAAUCUCAAAGAAAAUGGCGUGACAUACACGUUUGCACAUUAUGAUUAUGAUAAGCACAUAAACAGAGAUUCGGAAAAGAAAGGAAAAGUCCCUAAGAGAACAUUUGCUGUGAGAAACGCAAAAUAAGACGUGGAAUUUCCUAGCUGCAAGAUCAUACAGCAGAGAUUCGCACAAGCAUGUUUUGACAAUCCUGAUAAAAUUUACAUACAGUUAUAAUAUAUAUCUCAAGGUAAAAUAUGGAUGAGAAUAGACCAAUAGAAGGGGCAUCAAUGGGUAAUUGUGAUUUGACAAUGCCUAACAUAUCAGAUUCAAAUGAAGAUAGACAAAUUCAAGAGUUACCAGCUAGUACUAGAUAUACAUUGGGAAGCAUAAGCCCUGCAACAGCGUUUAAUUUCAGUGUCAGAACCGCAGAGCGCUCUAGAAUAUUUGCAGAUAAUAUAUCCUCUACUAUUCAAGGAAUUCGUCCUCUUAUACAACAGGCAGCACCUAAUAUAUCAUUGACAUCACUCUUGACCAUUCAUGGACUCCGAAAUCAAGAUCAUCCGGUUGCAUUACCAAGCGAUAGCUAUGUAAUCAAUCUAGAAGAACCUGUAAUAAACAGUGCUCGUAACGAAUCUAUGCGCAACCAUCACCACCACGUAACAUCAACACUGUCAAAUGACUUAUCGAGCAAUAUGCACGAGGGUGCAAAUGAAAUUAUAGAAAGCCAAAAUAAUAACAAUGCCUCAGAGAACAAUACCAUCAACAAUAACAAUGUCCAAAUAGGUCCGGAAACUCGAGCGAUGUUGAAGCAGCUUCAACAAUACGUUCCCUUCGUUACAAUUCUUCUUGCUAAAAGUCUCUAUGAUCACAGAGCUGGAAUAUUUAUGUUUGUUGUACUACUGAUUACAUUCAUUCACGCUAAUAACGAUCUCAAACGCGAGAUCGCCAAACAGCAUAAUCGUAGUUGGUCGCUACUUAUGCUAAUCCUUUGCUACAUCAUUGCCUGUAUCAUGUUUGUCGGUUACACAUUCGAUCUACACGCUUUCGCUCCUUAUGCAGAGCCACUCACAAUUUGGGACUUGCUCUGCUAUGUCACAGUGAUGGAUUUCUUCCUCAAACUUAUCACCAUUAUGUGCAAAGUUGUCUUGACUUGUCUACCGGUACGAUUACUGGCAUUUCAAAAUCGCGGCAAAUAUUAUCUUAUGGUGGAAGCAACGUCUCAACUUUAUCGAUGUGUUGCGCCUGUCCAACCUUGGUUGUAUUAUCUAUUCGAGACGUAUCAAGGUCCAGAAAAAAUCGUAGGAAUUUUCUUUUCCGUGAUGUAUACCAUGAGCAAAGGUAGCGAUCUAUUAUCACGUCUCAAACUGUUUCGCAUCGCAGUAUGGAAAUUAUUCCAAAAUGUGAGCUUAGGAGUAUCUCCAUCAAAGGAACAGGUGAUUGCAUCUGGCGGUAUUUGCGCUAUUUGUCACGAAGAAUAUACUACGCCGGUCAAGCUUCAUUGCAAACAUAUUUUCUGCGAAGCUUGCGUCUCAACGUGGCUCGAUAGAGAGCGAUCGUGUCCGCUGUGUCGCGCGUCCAUCACAGACGAUCCGAUUUAUCGGGAUGGUCAUACGACACACUUUAUCCAAUUGUAUUGAUUCUGUCUUCAAAGAUAUAUUUCCUCUUGUAUAGAUCUUUUACAAGAUUAUUUAGUAAAAAUGUAACAAGUUUUUGUUAAUGGCAAA